UUUAAACGGAACACAUUCAAAUGUAAAAGCACAGAACAAUAUAGUAUCCUUAAGUUAAGCCAAAUAUUAAGGAAUUUUCUGAGUAUUAACAGUUUCUAGGUGUGUUCAAUCUCUUUACCUCCCCUCUGUUUCUACGUGUCCAAAUUUAAUGAUAUUUCUGUAAUUGUACUUUUUUUUUUACAAUAAAUGUGCUUUAAUGUGAACAAACAAUUUUAUACGGUGUCAAUUAUAUUUUUUCUACCUAUCAUUGUAAGCUGAUGAUGAUACAAUGAUCGUUGUACAUUCCAUUUUAACAGAGUACUAGACAAAAUGUGUGUUCAUUUGCAUGUGCUUUUUUGAGGCGAUAACAAAAUGCCGUGUAUGCUUGCUUUUGAUAAUAAACGGGUAUUAUGUCGCAUGCAAAUGUAACGGUCACACGAACAGUUGUAACUUCAAACCCAAGUACUAUCGUCAUCAACACAGGAUACCUAAAAACAUCAAAUGGGCUUUUGAAACUCCUUCAACUUAUUCUAGGCGGUGUUGCAGUUGGUCUUCUUUUGAAAAAUUUUGAUGACUAUCCCUAUUUUACCUAUCGCAAUGGUAUUCAAUAUUAUCAAAACUAUCCGAAUUUUCCGCACCUGGUUCCCGUUUUACUUUUGCUGUUAGCAGCAACAGUAUUCUCCAUUCUUACAGCAAUUCUGUUGCUCUCCUGCAUUUUUUCGUUGUCUACGGGUGGCUUAAUUUCGAAAACGCUCUAUGAAUUCCUUUAUCAUCUCGUUGCGGCCAUUCUGCUUCUCAUUGCUUCUAUUUUGCUCUAUGCUAAAAUUCAUAACCUCGAGUAUCUUCUCAAAUUCUACAAGUGGUUUUUAGCAGCAACGAUUUUGUGUUUCGUCAAUUCUCUGCUAUAUUUGGCUAGCACUGUGCUCGCUUUUCGCGAUUACCGUAAAUGAUCGCAAACGGAACUGGAUCAUGCAGUAAUUUAACAAUAUUUUUGUUUGGCAGUGUGUUGUAAUUUUUGUUAUGAAAAAAAACUGUUGCUAAUAAAGAGUGGAUUUGAGUGAA